AUGUAUAACGCUUAUCAAGGCCAGGGAAAUGCUCCUCCUGGUGGUUACAACUACUAUCAGCAGCAGCAACAACAACAUAUGCCUCCCCAACAACCAAAUUACAUGAAUAACCAACAGCAACAGCCAAUGCAAAAUACGAACUACCAAAGCUUCCAAGCACAGCAGCCAAGUUACGCUCCUAUGCAACAACAGACUGGAUAUAUUUCACAGCAGCAGCAGCAACAGCAACAGCAGCAACAACCGGGAUAUUCAAAUGUUCAACAACAAUCGGGAUUCCACAAUAUGCAACCCCAAUUGCAACAAAUGCCUUCCAUCCAACCCCAAAGUACAGGCUACUAUGCAAAUGCCGGUUUAGUACCUCCUGCAACCCCAGUUCAGCAAUUACAGCCUUUAAAACCACAAUCUACAGGAUUUCUUCAACCACCACAACAACCUUUACAACCACAACAAACUGGCUUCUAUUUACAACAGCAGCAAACUUCACAAGUCCCAUUGGAACCAUUAAAGCCAACUGCGACUGGAUUUGUCAAUUCCUUUGCCAAUAAUGGUUUAAACAAUGACUUAAAAAUACCUACAAUUAGGUUGUCUUUCAUCACGGCCAAUGACCAAGCUAAGUUUGAAACUUUAUUCAGAUCAAUGGUUAAACCAGGUUCAAACACAAUUAAGGGUGUCGACUGUAGACAAAUCUUAAUGAAAUCAGGGUUACAACCACAACAGUUAGCCAAAAUUUGGUCUCUAUGUGAUACUUCCAGAGCCGGUGAGUUACUAUUUCCAGAAUUUGCCCUAGCCAUGCACUUAGUCAAUGACGUCUUGCAGGGUGAUUCAAUCCCGUAUGAACUUGAUUCAAAAACUAAAAAUGAGGUGAAUAGUUUUAUUGAUGCAAUUAACUUACAUAUUGCCGCUGCAAGCAACACUGCUAACACACCUUUUGAUGAUUUGAUGCGUUUACAACCCCAAAAUACUGGUUUAAUGCCACAAACAAGUUUUGGCAUGAUGCCACAAGUUACUGGAGGCACAGCUAACCCAGCUAUGCUAAACCCUCAAUCAACUGGUUUUAUGCCACCGACAAGUUUUGGCAUGGCUCCACAACUUACUGGUGGUGUUCAAGCACCAAUGCUAUCACAAGUCACAGGUGGUAAUAUGAUGCCAAUGGCACAAACAUCGUUCAACACUAUGCCAUUACAAAACCAGAUGACCGGUAGUGGUUUAGUUCAACCACAAGUCACGGGGGGUAUGGCUCCUUCAGGUUUUAAUCAACAGAUGCCUCAGUUAUCUUUUGGCCAAAACACCUUAAAUAUGAAUCAAACUGGUUUACAACCACAAGCUACUGGUUAUUUGCCACCCUCUAAUUUCAAUGUUACGGCACCCCUAGCUGCCCAAAAGACAGGGUUUGGUAACAAUGAAAUAUACUCCCAGUCAAACUUCAACAAUAACAGACUUAACAUCAGUACCCAAGAGCAAGAAGAAACGAUUUCUCCUGAAGAAAAAUCGUUAUUCUACAAAAUUUUUGAAACCUACGAUUCAAGCAAAAGGGGAUUAUUGGAUUCACCAACUGCUGUGGAGAUUUUCAGAAAAUCCGGUUUGAAUAGAUCCGACUUAGAGCAUAUUUGGAAUUUAUGUGAUAUCAACAAUUCUGGGCAAUUGAAUAAACAAGAAUUUGCGUUGGGUAUGCAUUUGGUCUACAAAAAAUUGAACGGGUUCAGCUUGCCAAAUACAUUGCCAAAAUCUUUGAUUCCAUCUAGUAUGCAGAUUUUGGAUAACUUGAAAAAUCAAUUGAAAUUGGAUAAUAACAUUAAUUCUACCAAUAAUAACCUAAAUUCGAGAAUUGACGCCCUGAAUUUCAAAAAUAAUGAUGACGAAGAUUCACUUCCUGUUUUCAGAAAUCGUAGGAAAACUAAUACUGCCGAAGCUCCUUUAGUAUCCUCCGCGGCUGCUGUAACUUCCAAUGACAAUAAUGUUGGAAGUAUGUCCGUAGAAACAGCUGCCGCCACUUAUCCAGAUAUUACUAAAACAAGUAUUAAUGAACUUCAACAAAAUACUGCUCCUGUCCCUGCCAAUGACUAUAAACCAACAAAAGUUGAGCCACUUACUGCAGCAACUAUGUCAUCUACCUCUCAGGAAGAUGCAGUGAAUAUUGAGAAAUUAAAGAACGAUAUUAAGCAGUUGAACAUUCCAUUAAUUUCAACUGCCAACUCAGUUCCAGUUGAUGUAAAGAAAAGAUUUAAUCAAAUUUUGACCAAAGUGCCAAAUUUAUUUGCUGAGAUUGAGAAGAUUGAUAAUCAAAUUGCUAAUGCCAAGAUUGAAUUAUUCAAAUUAAAAAAUCCUCUAAAAAUUGAGGGCACAGGGCCAAAUGGUGAAAUUACAGACAAUGAUAGGAAAAAGGCAAGAAGUAAAGCUUUAUUAAAGGCAAGAAUGGCUGCAUUGACUGGUGAGACGGUGGAUCCUUCCAGUAUUGAAAGCGAUGAUUCUGAACAACUUUCAAAGGAAGUGUCCAGGAUCAAGGAUGAAAACAUGCAAAAUCAACAGAUACUUAAAGACGUUAGACUUUCGAUUUCUGAGAUGUUUGCAUCUUUGAAGGCUACUUUGACUGGUAAGAACAUUUAUAACAAUAUUGAAGACUUUGAAAAAUACGAGUUCGGUGUAGGUUUGGAACCUGAAGUUCGUUCUUUUAUUGAAGCAUUGAAUUCCGAGGCUAUAAAUAACUCAAUCUCCUCUACAGGCUUAAAUCCAUCUGGCAGCACUAUCUCAAGCCCAGAUAUAUCUAGUAAUGAAGCAUCUUACUCUCAAUUUAAGUCGUCUGAGGAAAGAGCUGCUUAUUUGAAAGAGCAGGCACAGAAGAGAAUGAAAGAAAGACUAGCAAAGUUCGGCCUAGAUAGGCGUGACUCAAGACAGAGAACCAAUAGUACUGAUCAAAAUAAGACACCUUUCGAAGCAGAACAAUCUAGGUCUAUUCCACAGCAACAGCCAAUCGCCGUUCAAACCUCCAUCCCGCAGAAUGUUCCUCAUCAAGAUGAGGAUGAAAGUGAUGAAGAUGAAGAGGAAAAGAAAUUGAGAGAAGAAUUACAAAGGCUAAAAUUGAAGAAGAAGGCUGAUAAAGAGAGAAGAUUGGCUGAACUUCGUAGUCAGGUUCAAGAUGCUAAAGCAGAUUCUGAAGACGAGUGGCAAGAUGCUGCAAGCAGAACGAGUGAUCUGACACCAGCUCCUAUAAACACUGCUCAGGUAAAUGGAAAUAAUAUGCCUACUCAGAAUAUUAGGACUAUAAAUGUACAAGAGCAAAAUCGCGUGAAUACUACUCCACCUAUCAUACCUGCUGCUUCUACUACUACCCCUGGGCAAAGGAACCCAUUUUUCAAGCAGGAGACCAAUGCAUCCACUUCUAGUUCAUUGUUUAAUGCUGAAGCUGCAGAAGCUCAAAGAAGAUUGCAAAGAGGGUUGGAUAAUGGUGACGACGACGGUUGGUCUGAUGACGAAGUAGAUGAGGAACCUCGAAAGUCUGUUCCAGUCAAUAAUCAGAGUAUGGCCAAUAGCGUAUCUUACUCUCAACCAACUUCUGUAGCCCCACCAUUGCCCCAAAUCAAUAAUGCUGCUCCGCCUACACCAGCACCAGUUGCUGCUGCUGUCCCUCUUUCACAAAUGGAUCAUAACACCAUUCAAACAGAGGUUACCCAAGCUGCAACCCCCCCGGUGCCAGUGGCACCUCCACUACCAACUAUGCAGGCAGCCGUACCUCCUGUUCCACUUGCUCCUCCAUUACCAACUGUGGAAACAACGUCGAAUUUCGUGCCCCCACCACCUCCGUUACCGCAGUUGAAUAAUCCUGUUAACUCACAGAAUUUGACAGUUGCACAUGAUGAAAUGGAUGGCAACUACUCAGACGAUGUGCUUUCAAUUCCAGAGUCUGUAGCUUCAGAUAAUGAAGAUGGAAGUAACUUACCACCCGCUGGUAUUCCACCUCCACCUCCUUUACCUCCAAUGUAA